UGAUUUAAUCUCGGGCAACCGCGUGUGUUGCAGUGAGAACCUGAGAAAUGGCAGCGAUUGUCUUCGUCUUUUGCCUCCUUUUGGCCUUGACAUCCGCAGAUGAUUGGUCUGUGCCUUGGUUUUGCCAUGGCUAUGAAUGUCCGCAGUACGAGCUCAUUCGAGAAUAUGAGACUUUCGAGGAACGCUACUAUAACGCCAGCCGCUGGAUAAUGACUGGUAUUGAAAAUACGGCGUCAUCGGUCGUGUACGACGGUUUUAUGAAAUUGUAUGGAUACACCGACGGAGAAAAUGAGAGAAGUCAGGAGAUCCCGAUGACUCUUCCAGUUAUCGUAGCGACGUCUCAGUCGGACAAGGAUCCGGUAUCGAUCUCUUUUUACGUUCCUCCCAACUUCGACCUACCAGCACCCACUAACACAGAUGUUGUGAGUCUGGACCGACCCGAAGGCAGGGUGUUUGUCAGAACCUUUGAUGGAAUAGCCUCGGAGUCAGACUGGCUGGAGAACGUCAGUCAGCUACGGGAAGACCUGCUGAAGGAAGGGAAGGAGUUUGACGCUGAGAACUAUGUUGCCGCUGGUUAUGACCCUCCAUGGAAAUUAUUUUUUAGGCACAAUGAGGUCUGGGUCCCCGCAGUUUGAGUUUACUGAUACUUAUUAAUGCCCCCCCGAAGCAGGGCUUGGCAACCCUGUUACUGUUAUAAUACUACUCUGUAUAUAAUAAUGCAGUUACUCGUUUUUUUCAGUAAACGAUGUUCUUUCGCCGGGAUGCCCAUGCAUAUCUGUCCUGUAUUCCGAUAACUUCACCAUAUUAGACGUGAUAGCCGAAUGUCUUACUUAAUGUUUCGCUGUCGUGUUAAUUUUUAAAAGCCGAUUUUAAAAGCAGAUUGUUGCUUUAGACUCUUUUGCAAUAAAAUCUCCCUAAAUACCAGUCAUCUGUGAUUUGUAAGAUGAGUAUGUCCGAGAAACGACUUCAUAAUUUCAGCCGACUAACCGGUUUGAAGAAUGUGUUACGGACAUUUCCUCAUUCCAGGUUGACAAUUAAUUACCCGGAGGUUAAAUGGUACAAACUCUCUGAGCAGUAGCACUUGUUCGGGUUGUUUAACAAGACAUUUGUUCAGAGAAAAUGCAGCAUACAGUACAUUACAAUUGCAUGAUUAAAGGAUUUAAGAUGCAUAAAUAAAAGCAAGGAUUUAUUGCGUGUUAUUAACUCCAAAUAAGGUCUAAGAAAAUAAUUGAAUAAAAUACCUAUUGUUUGUUAUCUUUAAGAUGCCAUGUUUUAGUUUCUGGGAUCUUAGAAUUUCUGAUGUUUAUCAAAGAUGAUUAUUUAGGGCAAUAAAAACUCAUUUACUGCUUUAAAUCAGACAAAUCAAAACAAGGCUGAUGGAUAUUUACAGUAGGCUUUAGUUUGUUUUUAGGUCAGCAAGAUUUGCUUCACUAAGGAGAGUUUUCUGUUGCUCAAACGAGACAAAACGAACAAACAGAAGCUGAUGAAUGUGUGCUAUGUGCUAGAUGGGACGUGACUGGAUAUUCAGAUAUGUCUGGUAUAUACAUAAAUGUCAGUAUGUUGUGUGACAUGACUUCAGUCACAGCCACAGCCACCUUUGAUCAUUAUGUACUUAGCAGAUGUUCAAGAAAUUCCCACAGAAGUGACAAAAUGAAUGAUUUGGAAGGUGCACUCUGUGUGUAAUAAAGUGUAUCACAUAAUAUUCAAAAUAAAACUAUGGAAAGAGUC